GGGAAGUAAAUUUUCAAAGGGUUAUGGGUGUUUCCUCUGUUGAAAUUGGUUGUAGAGUACAUUUUGAAGGAGAAUUUGGAACUGUCCUUUAUGUUGGUCCAAUUGAAGGAGUUGAUGGAACUUGGCUUGGUGUUGAAUGGGACAAUUUAACAAGAGGAAAGCAUAGUGGUUGUUACAAUAAUAUUAAUUAUUUUCAAACAAGUAUUCCCAAUGCGGGCAGUUUCAUUCGUCAAUCCAAAGCAGACUUGGGAAUUUCUUGUCCAAAAGCCGUGAGGCUAAAAUAUGGUCAUGAGGAUGCAUCCUCUGUAACUCCAACUUAUAUUUAUCUGCCACAGAAAAGUGGACCUGAAAGGCAUGUUGAGAUGGUUGGAAUGAAGAAAAUUAUGGGAAAACAAAGUAACUUCCAUAGUUUGACUAAUGUUGUACUGUCAAAAAUGCUAAUUAAUGAUCCAGGAGAAGUGAAUGAGUUGAAAGAAUUAAUACCAAAUGUUCGUGACUUAGAUUUAUCUCAGAAUCUGCUUUCAUCUUGGAAAUCUGUUAAUGAGAUAGUUGAACAAUUACCUUCACUUGAUACACUCAUCCUUUCUAAAAAUAGAUUGCAGAUACCUGAAUCUCCUGAACACCUUGAUUGUUAUAAAAAUGUGAAAACACUUGUGAUAAAUGAUAUGGCUUAUGAUUGGCGAAAAAUACUUACUUGUGCUAUGAUGUGGCCUGAUGUUGAAAACCUAUCUGUUAAAGAUAAUUAUAUUUCUAACCUGGACUGUCCAUUGUAUUCCAUGUUAUCUAAUUUGAGCUGUUUAAGUUUGAACAAUAAUUGUAUCAUUAGCUGGAGUGAAAUAUGCAAAUUAGGCAUUUUACAAAGCUUGAAAGAAUUGCAGUUAGAUAAUAUAGAAUUAUGUUCUAUAGAAUUUAUUGCUGUCUCACCAUUAGAGAAGACAGAAUUAUUUCGAAAUUUAGAGUCUUUAUUUGUAAAGAAUAAUUGGUUAAAAAAGUGGCAAGAUAUUAGUGAAUUGAAUAAACUUAUCAGUUUGAAAAAUCUUGUUGUAACCAAUAAUCCUGUUCUUUCAUUGGAAAGUCCUGAAACUUGCAGACAAUACAUUAUUGCCAAAAUUCAAAAUCUGGAAAGACUUAGUAGGACUGAGGUCGAAAGAUCAGAGAGACGAGGAGCUGAACUGGAUUACAUAAAAAAAUUCUACAAAGAUUGGCUUCUAGAUGAUUGUAGUAAAUGUGAAAUACACAGUAAAUCAACAUCUCCAUUUCUAACUUUGCAUCCAACCUAUCCAGAAUUACUCAAAAAACAUGGUAUUCCUGAUGAAAGUGAAUUUAAAGUUAAAAGCACUUUAAUAAAAGAUAAUUUAGUCUUUGUUCAAUUUUUCUGCCCAUCAAGUCCAAGCAAACCUCAACUUUCAAAAAAAUUACCAGCGGAAAUGACCAUUGGGAAGUUAAAAGCUCUUGUGAAGCGAUUAUUCAAAGUACCUUCUCUUGAAGUUAAGUUAUCCAUUAUAUCUAAUGAUGAUACAUCUCAAAGAACUGAUUUGAAUAAUAAUUUGAGACAGAUAUCCUUCUACUCUAUUUCUGAUAAAGAUAAAAUUGCUGUUGAAUGGUGAAAUUAUAUAUGCCUUGCUGCAGAAAAGAAAAGUGCUAUUGCUAUUUUAAGUUGUUUCUGAUGUAAAU